UUCUUCGAGAUCUAUAAUUGCAUUCAACAUACUUCAAGUCUUUGGUGUGUUGAGGCGUUUUAUCAAAAUUAAAUUCAAAUUUUGAAUGCUUAAUUUGUUUUACAAACUUCUCAUUUUUCAAUGUAACUCUCAAGAAAAACAAAAGUUCUUUAAGGAAAGAAGGUGUCAAAGCUUUUAGAUGAUUAGAGGAACGAAUGUGCCACGGCCAAUCGUAAAAGAGUACUUUCUUCUUCUUCUUUAGUCCUCAAAAAGCUGCCUUUUAAACCAAACUCACAUUCUAGCAAGUUCUGACCAGCUCCUUCUAAACCAAGCUCACAUUCUCACAUGGGCUCUCUCCUCUCUUUCUCCUUGAUAAUUCUACUUUCCUGGGCAUCCUUCAGAACUGAAGCUCAAGGGAUCAAAUCCGCCCGUCUUCUCGAUCUUGUCAUUAGAGAUUACAUAUUCAAGUCCUAUGACAUACACGCCAGAACAGGUAUAAUACACACUGUACAUUUACCUGCAAACUUCUCCGACAUCAAAGUGGAUACGGCCACGUUCCGGUGCGGCAGUCUGAGGAGAUAUGGCGCUCAGGUAAAAGAAUUCCAUCUGGAUAUCGGUGUAAUUAUGGAGCCAUGUGUGGAGAGAGUGAUGUUAACUAGACAAAAUUUAGGACAUAACUGGUCUUCUAUAUAUUAUGCCAGCUUUGACUUGUCAGGAUAUCAGCUCGUCUCUCCUAUCUUAGGCCUUUUAGCUUACAAUGGUGGUAGUGAUGUGAACUUUAGCAAUCCUUUUGAGAUUGGAAUCCAUGCUGGAGAGAAACCAAUCACUGUAGACUUUACCAACACAACCAGUAUCGGGAACCUUUCACUUUCAGGAUCAGGAGUUAGGCCACUAUGUGCUAGUUUUGAAAAUGGUGGCAAGGUGACACUGAAAAACCCAGCAUCGCAUAAUGUUUGUGUAGUCACAAGUCAUGGACAUUAUGGUUUGGUGAUCGAAUCGCCUCCACCAUCAUCAGGAGCGGCAGGGCAAGCAAGAAAGAAGAUCAGCCUGUGGAAAGUGGUGGUGGGAAGCACGAUUGGGGCAGCCUUGGGUGGAUUCCUGUUAGGUUUGCUUUUGGUGGCGCUUUUUGUUAAGGUGAAGAAGAAAGCAAGAAUGGAGGAGAUGGAGAGAAGAGCCUACGAAGAGGAAGCUCUGCAAGUGUCAAUGGUUGGCCAUGUGAGAGCACCUACAGCAACUGUUACUCGGACCACACCUGCAACUGAACAUGAGUAUACACCUUACCAUCCUUCUUGAAUUGUUCAUUUCUCAAUAUGAACAUUAUUCUUUUUGUAAUAAUGUUUUAAAGUGAAACAAAUCUGUAUGAAUUUGAGAAGGAUGGAAUCAACAAGAAGUUUUGUUUUC